AUGAAUCACGAUUACCCUGACACAUCAAAUUUGAGACAUGUACAACAACAAAAUCGUGAACGACGUCGUUUAUACCUACAACAGAGGAGGCAACGCUCAACUUCGGAACCAAAUGCUCAAACUGAACAACCGCAAAGAGAAUUCGAACAGUUACGCCUUCAAAGCUUAAGCACUGAACAACGCUCAGCAAGAUUGGAGCAACGUCGUCUUGCUCAGCGCAGGCGAAGAUUGUUUAUUCGCGAAGAAAGUGCGACCUCUAAUGUGCAACAAAGAGAAAUUCAAAGGGAAAGUUGGCGUAAUUAUGCUAGACAAAGGAGGGCUGCUUUGACUAUUGAACAACACGAACAACAACUUGCAAGGCGACAAACAAAUUAUCGACAAAGAAGGCAAAUAUCUGAAAAUCUCGAACAAACUACUCAUCCAAAUCAAGUACAUAAUAUGACCAAUGCACAAACAAGGAGAAAAAUGAAUCAUGAUUACCCUGACACAUCAAAUUUGAGACAUGUACAACAACAAAAUCGUGAACGACGUCGUUUAUACCUACAACAGAGGAGGCAACGCUCAGCUUCGGAACCAAAUGCUCAAACUGAACAACCGCAAAGAGAAUUCGAACAGUUACGCCUUCAAAGCUUAAGCACUGAACAACGCUCAGCAAGAUUGGAGCAACGUCGUCUUGCUCAGCGCAGGCGAAGAUUGUUUAUUCGCGAAGAAAGUGCGACCUCUAAUGUGCAACAAAGAGAAAUUCAAAGGGAAAGUUGGCGUAAUUAUGCUAGACAAAAGAGGGCUGCUUUGACUAUUGAACAACGCGAACAACAACUUGCAAGGCGACAAACAAAUUAUCGACAAAGAAGGCAAAUAUCUGAAAAUCUCGAACAAACUUCUCAUCCAAAUCAAGAUGCUUUGAGUGAUGAAGAUAUUCCAGAUAAUCGAUCAUUUAUCCAUAGGAGAUAUCAUAAUUGUGCAAGAAAUUUUCAUGAAAGUGAAAGGUUCCCAAGAAUGCGGUUCCCUGCUCCAACUACAUGUAGACAUUGCAACGCAAGAUUGUUCCACCGUGAAACAUCUACCAUGUGUUGUAAUAAUGGAACAAUUAUUUUGCCACCAGUAACAGCUCCAAAUGAGAUUAUUGAUAUUUUCUCUGACCAAACAGUGGAAGGUCGUCAUUUCAGACAAAAUAUUCGAGCCUACAAUCAUGUUUUCUCAUUCACUUCAAUGGAUGUUCAUGUUGAUGAAAACUUAGCAACAAGAACUCAAGGUGUGUACACGUUUCGUGCACAAGGAGCCAUAUAUCAUAAGAUUGGGAGUCUCUUACCAAAUUCUAGCGACAGACCGAGAUAUUUGCAACUGUAUGUUUAUGACACUGACUACGAGAAUGAGAAUCGAAUGUUCAAAAAUGAAGAAUUGCACUUGGAUUUGCUUGACAAGAUAAAGAAUAUUUUAAAUACUCAUAAUCCAUUUGUACACACAUUUCGCCAAUUGGCUCAGCGUCCAUACAUACAUGAAUGCAGACUUCAAAUCAAAGAGAAACCACGUAAUAGGCCCCAAUACAACCUUCUUACUGCUCCUGAAGUUGCUGCAGUUUUAGUUGGUGGCAAAGAAGCUGGAAAUUUAAAACCAAGAGAUAUCAUUGUCCAAUCAACCAGUGGUCACCUCCUAAAUAUUUCUAAUAUUGUCGGAUACUAUGAUCCAUUACACUAUCCUCUGUUGUCACCCUACGGUUUAUAUGGAUGGGAUGCAAAUACCAGAAGUAAUGAUGGCAGAAAAGUAACAUGUUGUGAUUUAUAUUCUUAUAUGCUACAGAUUCGCCCUGGUGAUCAAUCUCUUUUUCUUCGAGGAGGUCGUCUCUUACAGCAGUAUGUUGUAGAUAAUUACGUGAAGAUUGAGUCCAACAAAUUAAGAUGGAUACGUACUCAUCAGAAUCACAUUCGAGCAGAUUUUUAUCAAGGUCUUCUAGAUGCAAUACAUGCUGGUGAAAAUUAUGGAGGUAAUGUUGGUCGUAGAACAAUAUUGCCAUCGUCAUUUGUUGGUAGCCCACGAGACAUGUAUCAGCGAUAUCAAGAUGCAAUGGCUCUGGUCCAAAAGUAUGGAAAACCUGAUCUUUUCCUUACAAUGACCUGCAAUCCAAAUUGGCCUGAAAUUAAAGCUGAGUUGCUACCUGGACAGUCACCACAUGAUCGUCCUGAUUUGCUAACAAGAAUAUUUAAUUUUAUUUUUCUACUGUUUUUACUGAUUUACAAUUUCUCCAAUGAAAAGUAG